UCUUCUCUCUCUCUCUCUCUCUCUCUUCCUGCUGCUCCCUUGUGCUAACGUUACGUCGGUGUCUUCGUCUAUCGGUUUGGGGUCUGACCGCUGAAACAACAGCCCUAAUUCAUAUCCAGACCCGAAUUCACAAUUUUGCCCGGGUUUCUGGAGAGAUGAACAACAACGGGAACAAGAGAGCUCCAACCACAGCGACUCAGCGACUUAAGCAGGAUUACCUCAGGAUAAAGAAAGACCCCGUGCCUUACAUCUGUGCUGAGCCUCUUCCCUCCAACAUCCUAGAAUGGCACUAUGUGGUGAGAGGUCCUGAGAAAACUCCUUAUGAAGGAGGUUACUAUCACGGAAAGCUCAUAUUUCCUCGGGAAUUCCCUUUUAAACCACCAAGUAUCUACAUGAUAACACCCAACGGCAGAUUUAAAUGUAAUACGAGGCUGUGUUUGUCUAUCACAGACUUCCACCCAGACACGUGGAACCCGGCAUGGUCUGUCUCAACCAUCCUCACAGGUCUGCUCAGCUUCAUGGUGGAGAAGGGACCCACCCUGGGCAGCAUUGAGACUUCAGAGCACACGAAACGACAGCUCUCAGCCCAAAGUCUCACCUUCAACCUCAAGGACAAAGUCUUCUGUGAAUUGUUCCCCGAUGUUGUGGAGGAGAUGAAGCAAAAACAGAAAGUACAGGAAGAGUUGAACGCUCGCACUCAGCCCCUCCCCUUACCCGACGUGGUGCCCGACGGCGAUCCCCAACAGGCUCAUUACGGCCUCCCCGCCCUCAACGGAGGUCCUGUCCCGCUCGGGGGCGCCAACCCCGCCCAGGGCCUGCAGCAACCCAAUCGCAACCACGGACUCCUAGGCGGAGCGCUAGCCAACCUGUUUGUGAUUGUCGGCUUUGCUGCGUUUGCCUACACGGUCAAGUACGUGCUGAGGAGCAUAGCGCAGGAUUGAGAGCCGGACACGUCAAGCGGACAGGGGCGUUCGUUCCCCGGACCGCCACGGACUCUGGAGGACAGAAAGCACCCCACCCAGAAAGGACUGUGAGGGAAGGGAGGGGGAAUCAGUAGUGGAAACCAACGUGGCUCAUGGGUUGUGGAGGAGUCGUGUCUUUUACACCGCUGGUCAGUUGCUCUUGUGGAGAGACUUCUUUUUCUCCUGCUCUAUUUGCAAACACACUUCCUUCUGCAUAUCAUUUUUGUUUGUUUUUGUCAGCAUAACACAAAGAGAGAGUGAGACGCCACCAUUGGAGAUCGCUGUGACCUACUGAGGCACAUAAAUGUGGGUGUUUUUUUUUUUUUUUCAGAAAAAUUUUCUUCUUUUUCUAAUCUGACUGACAAUACAUUUCUGUUUAAAGUUUGUGUUUUCUUAAGCACAAAAGGAAAGUCUUUGUAGGCAAAUGUAUGAACCGGAUCUAUGCCCCAAAACAGCAAUGUAAUGAAGCGACAGUAGCAGACACUUCAACUCCCUCCCGUCAACCCAUGAGCCCAAUCAGAUGUGAGUCGGGACCAGCGCAGUUUGGAAUUGGUCUAGCUAACAACUCGCGCAUCGCUCUAUACACACCCAAUUAGGAGGCAUGUGAAGAGAAUCAACGUUUUGUUCUGUUUAUUUUCUUUCUGAUCAAUUUUGUCAUUUUAAUUUAUAGACAAAGGCUUGGAGUGUGUAGUCUGACGACACAAGGUGUCCACAUGACUGCUGUUCAUUGUACUGUUGUGUAUUGCGUUUAUUCGUGACGCUAGUGGACUUAUUUUUCUCAGCACCAACACUUCAGAAAUAAACAAAUCAUAAAUGGA